CACUACAAAAGGCUCACACUCACCAUCAGUCAGCGUCCGAUCUUGCGUAGAUUACCGGGCUCUCAAGUUGACAGUCAAAUUCCGCUACCCACUUCCCCUCGUCCCAGCGGCGCCACUGUAUUCACCAAGUUGGACCUCCGCAGCGCCUAUAACCUCGUCUGAAUACGUGAGGGGGACAAGUGGAAGACAGCCUUUGUGACCCCUACUGGACACUACGAGUACUGCGUGAUGCCGUAUGGCAUGGUCAACGCCCCCUCCGUAUUCCAGAAUUUCAUCCACGAGGUGCUCCGGGAGUUCCUCCACAAGUUUGUUCUAGUCUACACUGAUGACAUCCUAAUCUACUCCCGGAGUAUGGCUGAACAUCGCCACCAUGUUGCGGAGGUCCUAAAAUGCCUGAGGGAGUUCCAACUGUUCCUCAAGGCCGAAAAAUGCUCAUUCCAUCAACCCUCAGUGCAGUUCCUUGGCUACAAUAUCAGCAGCAGUGGCAUCCAGAUGGAUGAGGUAAAGGUUGAAGCCAUAAAGAACUGGCCAACUCCAUCCACCAUCAAAGAACUCCAAAGAUUCCUUGGAUUUGCCAACUUUUACCGUAGAUUUAUCCAGAACUACAGCUCCAUCGCAAAUCCACUCACUAACCUCCUCUGCCACAAGCCCAAGUCUCUGUCCUGGUCACCAGCUGCCACAGAUGCCUUCAACACCCUAAAGGAAGCCUUCACCAGCACACCGCUCCUCGUGCAUCCCGACCCAGAAAAGCCCUUCAUUGUUGAAGUAGACGCAUCAACCACAGGAGUAGGAGCGGUGCUAUCACAGCAGCAGCAGGGGAAUCCAGCCAAACUCCAUCCAUGUGCCGCCUUCUCCACAGAUCAUAAAAACUUAAGUACUUAAGAGACGCCAAAAGACUGAAUCCACUGCAAGCAUGUUGGGCGUUAUUCUUCACACGUUUCCACUUCAGUAUCUCUUAUCGUCCAGGUCCCAAGAAUGUUAAGGCAGAUGCCUUAUCCCGUCUGUACACCCCAGAUGAAAACCACGAAAAACCUGAAUCAAUCCUGCCUGAGAACAUUAUUGUGAGUCCCAUCAGAUGGUCUGAAUCCACCAUUCCCUCCUCCAAUGCCUCCACAAACACUCCGCCGGGCUGCCCACCAGGUUUGCAAUGCAUCAACAGGACACGACGCACUCCACUCA